AUGACGGCUUAUAAUGUAUUAUAUAUAAAGAGCUAUGAAAACAAAAAGUGCCCUCUCGACGUUCUGAACUGUGUCAAUCAUAUUCAGAAAUCAUUAGAUCGGGAGAUGGCUCUUAAAGGUCCUGGUUAUUUAGCUGGAUUAUUUCGUCUAACUCCCCAGUCAAUACAACACAACGAAAGUUACAUGACCUUGCAUUGUGGUACUCCGUCCCUAUCUGAUGGCCCUAAUUCCCAAGAAUCCUUACAAAUCACUUCUCCUGAGGUCCAAAAUGUAUUCAAUGAAAAGAUUCCAUUAUGUGUGAUCACACCAAUUGAUAGUAAUUUAUCGUGUGCUAAAACUAUCAUACCUGAAUUUCAUCAGCAAGCGUCAACAUCUGAUUCUAUAGAUAAGAAUAAAGAAUAUACGGAUAGUUGUCAUUCUUUAUUAUCAAUAUCUAAGAACAGAGAAAUUAGCGAUAUUGCACCAUCAGUUUUAAAGUCACGAAAACAAAAAUUGUUAAUUGAAUAUCAGAAAUCAAUGGAUCCAAUAACUUCAAUUGAUAUCCCAUCGGAAUAUGAAGAGAAACUUAUUUCUUUAUUAAAAUAA